CUCGCGCGCCCCCGGGCUCUGUCGAGCGCGGGGAGGGACAGCCGCCUUCCCGGCACACGCAGCCCGGCCCGCGGCCACCCGGCAUACCGGCAGCGCUCUCCCCGACUGCGGAGCGCCUAGAACGCCGCAGCGCUUCGCCGUGCCUGGCUUUCUUGGUGUAGGCAGCGCCUGCCGCGCCGACCGCUUCCCUGCCGGUUGCGAAACAGCAAUGUCACAGAACUGACCACAUUCAUCACAAUAUGGAGUCAGGAGAGAGGUUAACGUCAUCGUCAGUCUCCUCUACUGCAGCUGCUUCGAAUCCAGCAUCUUCUGCUCCAUCUGUAGCUUCAGCAGUAUCGAAAGGUGGCCUUCCCACUGGAGCUGCAUCACUGAGUUCCACAGUCAACACAUGUGAAUGGUGGCGAACGGUGGACACGCACUCUCGUCCCGGGGCAGCUUUUUUCCCACCACUGUUGGGAAUUCCACCACUGUUUGCACCUCCUGCACAGAACCACGAUUCUGCUUCAUUUCACUCAAGAGCUACAGGAAAAAAUAGUUGGAGCAGUACAGAAAAAGGUAUAAAUGGAUCACUGAAUGGGAACAGUACCACUGCAGUAUCUGGUGUCAGCACAUCUGUGUUAUCCACGAGCAUUGCAACAUCUGCAGGACAAGCGAAGGCUAUAACCUCAGGAGCAGGAGGCCGCAAAUACAACCAGGAGCAGUGCAAAGUUCAGCUUUUGGACACUAGAGCUGACAAAAUCAAAGACAAGAAGCCAAGGAAAAAAGCUGUGGAGAGCUCUAGUAACACCGACAGUGAUUCAGGCUCCUCUUCAGAUACCUCAAGUGAAGGCAUAAGUAGUAGUGACUCUGAUGAUCUAGAGGAGGAUGAAGAGGAGGAGGACCAGAGUGCUGAAGAGAGUGAAGAUGAUGAAUCUGAUUCUGAAAAUGAAGCACAUCAGAAAACCAAGAACAAGGUGCUAAUGCAUAGUGGUGUAACAGAUAUGAAAAGUGAUGGACAAAAACCACAUGAAAAGUCCCAAGAGAAAAGAACACACCAGCAGAUACCUCUUGUGUCUGAUUCCCAGACUCACUCAUCAUUCCAGUCCCAGCAGAAGCAGCCUCAGGUUUUGUCACAGCAGCUUCCAAUUAUUUUCCAAAGCUCUCAGGCAAAGGAGGAAUCUGUGAACAAACACACAAGUGUAAUACAGUCUACGGGAUUGGUUCCCAAUGUGAAACCUUUGUCUUUGGUACAUCAAGCCAAAAAGGAAACCUAUUUAAAACUCAUAGUUCCUUCCCCUGAUCUUCUCAAAGCAGGGAAUAAAAAUACCUCUGAAGAAUCAAUCUCAUUGACCAGCGAUGUAAGAUCGAAACGGGAACAAUACAAACAGACAUUCCCAGCAGCACAGCUAAAGAAGCAGGACUCAUCCAAGAACCUGAAGAAGGUUAUUGCAGCUCUGUCAAGCCCCAAACCGACAUCUAGUUCACCAGCUCAUCAAAAACUCACAUCCUUGGAAAACAACCAUUCUAAUCCAUUCCUGACAAAUGCACUUUUAGGUAAUCACCAACCCAAUGGAGUUAUUCAGAGUGUCAUCCAGGAGGCACCUCUUGCACUUACCACGAAACUGAAACCCCAGACCAAGAUCAAUGAAAGUGUAGCCAUUUCUAGUAGCACCCCCUUUUCUUUGCCAGUAAACUUGAGCGCCUGUGGGAAAAAGCCAGCUGGUAACCGGACACCUGUUAUGGCCUCUACCUCUCCUGUGUUACCCAGUUCAGGAAAGGAGAAACCAACCAGCAAUAAUGCAGUAAAUGCAGCGAAAACACACCACCGCCUUCCCUCUGCAAAACUGGUGGUGGAGCAGUUCAGAGGGGUAGACUCGGACGCCCCCAGCAGUAAAGACUCUGAUGACUCAAAUGAUGAUGACGACGACGACGAAGAUGAAGAUGAGGAUGAUGAAGAUGAUGAUUCUGAUGAUAGCCAAUCAGAGUCUGACAGUAAUUCUGAGUCAGAUACAGAAGGGUCUGAGGAUGAAGAUGAUGAGGAUGAUAAAGAUCAAGAUGAAUCUGAUACAGACACUGAGGGAGAAAAAACUCCACUGAAACUGAAUAAAACUUCAUCCUCUGUGAAGAGCUCUUCCAUCGGUCUUGCAGCUCAUUCCACCCCACUAAACCUACAAGUAGCAAAGACCCCAAGCUCUGCGCCAGCUGCCUUAUGUCCUGAGUCCCAGCCUGCAGUUUUUCUUGGAACAGCACCAUCUACUCUUACACCGAGUACACACUGUGGUAUUUCAAAAAGACGAAGAGUAGCAGAUGAACGGGAGCUGCGUGUGCCUCUUGAGUACGGCUGGCAAAGGGAAACCCGAAUAAGAAACUUCGGCGGCCGCCUUCAAGGAGAAGUAGCGUAUUUUGCACCUUGUGGGAAGAAGCUGAGACAGUAUCCUGAAGUAGUAAAGUAUCUCAGCAGAAAUGGAAUAAUGGAUAUCUCAAGGGACAAUUUCAGCUUCAGUGCAAAAAUAGGAGUGGGUGACUUCUAUGAAGCCAGAGAUGGACCGCAGGGUAUGCAGUGGUGUCUUCUGAAGGAAGAGGAAGUCAUUCCCCGUAUCAGAGCUAUGGAAGGGCGUAGAGGACGACCACCAAAUCCAGACAGACAACACUCUAGAGAGGAGUCAAGAAUGAGGCGACGCAAAGGCCGGCCUCCGAAUGUUGGUAGCACUGAGUUUCUAGACAGCACUGACGCAAAGCUUCUGAGAAAGCUCCAGGCUCAAGAAAUAGCUAGGCAAGCAGCACAAAUAAAGCUACUGAGAAAACUCCAGAAGCAGGAACAAGCUCGAGCUGCUAAAGAAGCAAAAAAACAGCAAGCUAUUAUGGCAGCUGAAGAAAAGCGAAAGCAGAAGGAGCAGAUAAAGAUAAUGAAGCAGCAGGAAAAAAUUAAGCGAAUUCAGCAAAUCAGAAUGGAGAAAGAACUUCGAGCUCAGCAAAUUUUAGAGGCUAAAAAGAAAAAGAAGGAAGAAGCAGCAAAUGCCAAAUUAUUGGAGGCCGAAAAACGAAUAAAGGAAAAAGAGAUGCGAAGGCAGCAAGCUGUUCUUCUGAAACACCAGGAGUUGGAGAGGCAUAGACUAGAUAUGGUAUGGGAACGAGAAAGGAGGAGACAACAUAUGAUGCUUAUGAAAGCCAUGGAAGCACGUAAAAAAGCAGAAGAAAAAGAGCGAUUAAAGCAGGAGAAACGUGACGAGAAAAGAUUAAACAAAGAACGGAAGCUGGAGCAGCGAAGAUUGGAAUUAGAAAUGGCCAAGGAGCUGAAGAAGCCUAAUGAAGAUAUGUGCUUAGCAGACCAGAAGCCUUUGCCAGAGUUGCCUCGCAUCCCAGGCCUUGUUUUGGAUGGAAGCACGUUUUCAGAUUGUCUGAUGGUAGUGCAGUUCCUGCGUAACUUUGGUAAAGUUCUUGGCUUUGACGUGAAUGUGGACGUCCCUUCCCUGAGUGUUCUUCAAGAAGGCUUGCUAAACAUAGGGGACAGCAUGGGAGAAAUACAAGACUUACUUGUAAAGCUUGUCUCUGCAGCUGUUUGUGAUCCAGGACUUGUUACAGGAUACAAGGCCAAAACUAUUCUUGGGGAACACUUACUGAAUGUUGGUAUCAAUCGGGAUAACGUGUCCGAGAUUCUGCAGAUAUUCAUGGAGGCUCACUGUGGACAAACUGAGCUGACAGAGAGCUUGAAGACAAAAGCUUUCCAGGCACAUACUCCAGCUCAGAAAGCAUCAGUUCUUGCUUUUCUUGUCAAUGAGCUAGCCUGCAGCAAAAGUGUAGUAAGUGAAAUUGAUAAAAACAUUGAUUAUAUGUCAAACUUAAGGAGAGAUAAAUGGAUGGUUGAAGGCAAACUUCGGAAGCUUAGAAUCAUUCACGCCAAGAAAACUGGCAAAAGAGAUGCCACAGGAGGUGGUGAUGGAGGAGAGGAGCAGCACUCUUUGGAAACGCCUACACCAGGCCGCAAACGCAGACGAAAGGGGGGGGACAGUGAUUAUGACGAUGAUGAUGAUGAUGACAGCGAUGAUCAGGCAGAUGAGGAUGAUGAGGAUGAAGACGACAAAGAAGAUAAAAAAGGAAAGAAGGCAGAAAUUUGUGAGGAUGAGGAUGACGGGGACCAGACAGCAACUGUUGAAGAGCUAGAGAAGCAGAUUGAAAAACUGACAAAGCAACAAAGCCAGUACAGAAAGAAGCUGUUUGAAGCCUCACACUGUUUGCGUUCCAUGAUGUUUGGCCAAGAUCGCUACAGGCGCCGGUACUGGAUUCUGCCCCAGUGUGGUGGUAUUUUUGUAGAAGGCAUGGAAAGUGGAGAAGGCCUGGAAGAAAUUGCAAAAGAAAAAGAGAAGUCAAAAAAGGUGGAAAGCAUGCAUAUCAAAGAAGAAGAAUUUGAGACUGAAGAAAAACUACACUGUUUAAAUACAACUCACUGUGAACAAAAAGAUGAUUUGAAAGAAAAGGACAACACUAAUUUGUUCUUACAAAAGCCUGGGUCAUUUUCAAAACUGAGCAAACUGUUGGAGGUAGCAAAAAUGCCGCCUGAGUCAGAUGUUAUGUCCCCAAAACCUAAUGGGAGUGCAGCAAAUGGCUGCACAUUAUCCUACCCAAGUAACUCAAAGACCUCCCUCUGUAGCCUUCAGCCCUCUGGAUCACAAAGCACCCUUGAGAAGCCUGAUUCCAGUAAUCUUUUCAGCCCUAAUGCAAGUGGGACAGGAAAGUUUUACAGUUCUCCUCUAAUUCCCAAUGAUCAAUUGUUGAAGACUCUUACCGAGAAGAGCAGACAGUGGUUCAGCCUUCUACCGAGAACACCCUGUGAUGACAUGUCCGUUACCCACAUAGAUACACCAGCUACUACAGCUUCACUUACUCCUCAGUCCCAUCCACCAUCAAAGUCACCUUCACCUGUUCCAUCACCUCUUCUGAGCUCAACCUCUGCACAGAGUCCCAUGGGAUUAAGUCCUUUUGCAUUGUCACCACUGCAGCAGAUGAAGACUGGAUUACCUAUAAUGGGACUUCAGUUUUGUGGAUGGCCUACAGGAGUUCUUACUUCAAAUGUUCCAUUUUCAUCACCUUUACCUGCACUUGGAUCCGGGCUGGGAUUAUCAGAAGUGAAUGGUAACUCAUUCUUGGCAUCAAGUGCUCCUGCAAGUAAGAGUGAAUCACCAGCACUACAGACUGAUAAAACUGCUUCUGCCCCUUCUACAGCUGUUGAAGUAGCUAAGCCAGCAGAUUAUCCUAACCCAAAACCUAUACCAGAAGAAAUGCAGUAUGGGUGGUGGAGAAUUACGGAUCCAGAGGACCUAAAAUCUUUGCUUAAAGUGCUGCAUCUCAGGGGAAUAAGAGAAAAGGCCUUACAAAAGCAAAUACAGAAACACAUGGAUUAUAUCAAUCUGGCCUGCAUCAAAAACAAGGAUGUUGCAAUUAUUGAUAUCAAUGAAAAUGAAGAUAACCAGGUAACUCGAGAUGUUGUGGAAAACUGGUCAGUAGAAGAACAAGCAAUGGAGAUGGAUCUUGCUAUUCUUCAGCAGGUGGAAGAUCUAGAGAGGAGAGUUGCAUCAGCUAGUUUACAAGUGAAGGGUUGGCUGUGUCCUGAACCUGCUUCAGAGAGAGACGACUUGGUAUAUCGUGAACAUAAGUCACUUACUAGAUUGCACAAGAAGCACGAUGGCGAUUGUGCUGGAGGCGGAGAAGGCAGUGCCAGCUCUCUAGAGCGGAAGAGUGACAACCCUCUAGAUAUAGCUGUCACCAGGCUGGCUGACUUGGAGCGGAACAUAGAGCGAAGGUAUCUGAAGAGCCCCUUAAGUACCACCAUUCAGAUCAAACUGGAUAAUGUGGGCACAGUUACUGUCCCUGCUCCUGCACCAUCCAUUAGUGGUGAUGGUGACGGAACUGAAGAGGAUCUUGCUCCAGGGCUAAGGGUAUGGAGAAGGGCAUUGUCAGAAGCACGCAGUGCUGCACAGGUUGCUCUGUGCAUUCAGCAGCUGCAGAAAUCAAUAGCAUGGGAAAAGUCUAUUAUGAAAGUUUACUGCCAGAUUUGCCGAAAGGGAGACAAUGAGGAAUUGCUGCUCCUUUGUGAUGGCUGCGAUAAAGGCUGCCAUACCUACUGCCACAGACCCAAGAUCACAACCAUACCAGAUGGUGACUGGUUUUGUCCUGCUUGUAUAGCAAAGGCAAGUGGUCAAACUCUAAAAAUAAAGAAACUUCAAAUCAAAGGGAAAAAAAGUAAUGAACAGAAGAGAAGCAGGAAAUUGGCAGGAGAUACGGAGGAUGAAGACUCUGCAACUACAAGCGCCUCCUUAAAAAGAGGAAAGCCAGACCCUAAAAAAAGAAAAAUGGAUGAAAAUGUUUCUGUAAGCCAAUUAAAGCAAGAAAAUUUCACUGCUGUUAAGAAACCAAGAAGAGAUGACUCCAAGGACUUGGCUAUGUGCAGCAUGAUCCUCUCAGAAUUGGAAACUCAUGAAGAUGCCUGGCCUUUCUUACUUCCUGUAAACUUGAAACUUGUUCCUGGUUAUAAGAAAGUUAUUAAAAAACCUAUGGACUUUUCCACUAUUAGAGACAAGCUAAGUAGUGGACAGUACCCUAACCUUGAAGCAUUUUCGCUAGAUGUCAGGCUUGUUUUUGACAACUGUGAAACCUUUAACGAAGACGAUUCUGACAUAGGCAGGGCUGGCCACAACAUGAGGAAGUAUUUUGAAAAAAAAUGGACAGAGAUUUUUAAAGUGAGCUGAAGUUACCAGAACUCUUUUUCUUUGUCGUCCCCUUUUGGUUUGUUUUCUCCAUUAAAUGAGGACUGAUAAGACCAGCAAUGUGAACUGUAUUUACAUGAAAGUGCAAGGCACACGCGUAACUAAUGACUGUUUUGUUUCCUUUAAAAGAUCACCGAGGUGUGAUACUAGUUCUAAAGGCUUCACUCCUACAGCAACCAUGGCCCCUUGGUUAUUGGUUUGUGUGUUUUAACAAACUAAUUUAGGUAGAACAGGGAAGCACACCCAAAGAAUUUCAAAGAAAGGGGUGUUCUAGUGCAAUAGCAAUUCAAAAUAUAUCAAAACGCACUGAAUAUUCAACCACCAGAGCUCUACUCGGGGGGAAAUGGUUCUCUUUUCCCUUUCAAUAAAUAUCUAUUUUUCAUUUUUUUUACUUUGUAGUUUAUUUUUUAGUGAAUGUAUUUAAUUUUAUGAAUUAUUUAUGAUUAUACAGCAUUCAGAAUCUUCGUUUUCUGUGAAAAGGAAGAAUUAGAAAAA